AUGGCUCAGUCAGUUGGUCCAAGACUGUAUAGUUGCUGCAACUGCAGGAACCAUGUUGGACUUCACGAUGAUAUCAUCUCCAAGGCUUUUCAGGGAAGAACAGGGCGUGCCUUCCUCUUCUCACACGCAAUGAACGUUGUGGUUGGGGCUAAGGAAGACCGACAUCUUCUAACGGGUCUCCACACCGUGGCUGAUAUAGCUUGUGCUGACUGCAACGAACCGUUGGGUUGGAAGUACGAGCGAGCCUACGAGACCUCGCAAAAGUACAAGGAGGGCAAGUUUAUAUUCGAAAAGGCUAAGAUUGUCAAGGAGGAGGAUUGGUAG